AUGGGGUUGUUUAAAAAUGGCGGCAAAGGGAGGAUUUCCUUCGUGGUUACUUGACGGAAAAGAGCGCAUAAGUAGUUCUCAGGAUUGGAAAGCCUUUGUUGCUGAACUACAUGAAGUGAUACAACAGCAACUUACAGAAAGUCACGUUCAACAGUUUACAGACCUGUCAGAUGCUGAAAAGACUUUAUUCAUGGAAAGGGCUGCCAUGGCUCUACAGGGAGGCCAAGCAUAUGAUGCACUGUAUGCAAAGGUUUCACUAACUAUGGACCAGUGUUUAAGUAAUGAAAUAGCAAGGGAAUUACUUGAAGAAUCACCAAUCAAUACAAAGACUGAUUUAAUCCUUAACAAUGCCAAAGAAGGUUCAGUUGGCAUUUUAAAGAAAUGGCCAGAUCUCAAAAGCAAGUUGCAUGUUUGUUUCAAUCAGUCUUUACCUUGGGCACUGCGGCACAUUGUAUGGAGACUUUUUCUAAGUAGUACUAAAGCAAGGAAAGAGUAUGUAGACAUAUUGUCUACUAACCCAAGAGCAGCUAUGUCUGAGCUAGACUUAGAAAUUUCUCAGAAAUGUGAAAACCUGUUGAAUUCAGAGACAACAGUUGAGGAGCUCAGGGGAUCUGUAGGUGCAUUUUAUGGAAUGAAGGCAGUGUUGUCAUAUUACCAUUCAAGAAAACAAAGCAGAGUCAGCCUCACAGACAUAGAAUAUAUGUUAAUGCUUCCGCUGAUAUACACAGCAUCGAAAAGCAUAUCAAGACGGGACCCUCCCCCAAGUCAUGUUGUUGCUAUGCUUGUUGAAGAAUAUAUUUCUUUAAUGGAGUCCAGACCAGGAUAUGUGGUGGAUUCAGGAUCAGAUAUACAUGAUGAAGAAAUGAAGAGUUUCACUUUCAAAGUUGCCCAGAUUAUACAGGAAAGAGACUCAGACUUGGCAAUCAAAUUGGGGCAGGCUUGCAUACCAUCAGAAAAAAUUAUAACUACUGAAGCAGCCAGACAAAGUGUAUUUGAGGAAGGUUUGACAACUUUAGUGAGACCUUGCAUAAAAGCAUUAUUUGUAGGCUUCCUGAAUAUUGACACAGUGCUGUAUAUAUGGGACCAGUAUAUCAUAGGUUUGGAUGUACCUGGCUACCACACAGAAUGUCUUCCAGUGUUCACAGUGGUAUAUCUCAUGCUUCUCAAGGAUCAACUAAUGCGUUGUGAUGAUAUCAGUGCAAUGGAAACUGUGUUGAAAGAGGGAAGUAGAAAUAUAAAAACCAGCCAAUUUCAGUACUUGGUUAACAGGUUUUUCUAUAGAGAUCUAUAUGGACUAUUGAAUAAAGAUGAGAAGACUGGUCUUCCUGUACUUGAUCCUACACAAACUAAGUAUCCACCUUGGCAUCACUGGUCAAAGGGAAGGAUACCUUCACACACUACAGCAGAGACAAGAAGGUUGGCAAGAGAACAAAGGGAAUAUGAGAGAGAAAGAUUACUUCAGCAACAGAGGGAAGCAGAUGACAAGAGAAGAGAUGCAGAGGAGCAACAGAGAAGGGAUGCAGAAUAUCAAAAUAAACGAAGAGCUGCUGCAGACUUAGAAAAAGUAGAUGAAGAAAAAUUAUAUUUGGAAAAUCUUUUAGAUGAGGAGAGAAGACGAAGGGAAGAAUCAGAAAGGAGAGCUGCAGCAGAGAUCGAGAGAUUGCAGAAAGAAAUUGAAGCAAUGAAGGGAAGGAAAUUUAAAUCUCCAGCUCCAUCUGUUUUCUCACUGAGGUCUGUUAUCAGCUACCUGAUCCCAGCUCCACCACCCAGUAGAGCAUCAGGUGCUGUGACAAAGUUCAACAUACUUCCACCUCCAAGGUCCCCUACACCACAUGACCCUGAGAAAGUCCAGGCACAGAGGAUCAUGCUGGACAUACUAGGAAAGGUACAACAGACAAUUUUUAAAAUUUCUCAAGGCGACUCUAAAGAAGCAGCUGACCUAGAUAAGGAGUCAAGAGAAGCUUUGAAAAACCACAGAAAUGAUUUCAAAUUUGCAGAGAAACAAGUGUUUGGAAGGGAGCUUAGACCCGGGGAGUUUGAUUCUCUGCCUGAAGAUGAAAAGGAGAAGAAAAGUGAGGAAAUGAUGGGUGUUAUAAAAGAAAGGAUUGAAGGGAGGAGAAAAGCAGCUUUGAAUAAAAAGAAAUGAGAGUUCAAUUCUGGAAAUACAUAUACAUGUAACUGAUUAAAUCAUAAUGGUGGCAUUGAAAGAUGUUUUCAUUUGGUUCAUUAAAUGCACGCUGGUCAGCUCAGGAUGGUUAAGGCCAUUGAUGUUCAGUAAAUGUCUGUUAAUAACACUCAAGAACUUCCUGGUUAAUGUAAUGGAUGAUGACCUGUCUGUGAUAUAUAUUCCUUAUUAUCAGUCCAUUUACAUAACCAAGCCUAAAGUGUUUGUGUAUAACCUGUACAUCAUACAUGUACAAUCCAAUUCUGGCUAUGUUUUAUUAAGUACAUCAUGAACAUUGUGUUGUUAUCGACAAUUUAUAAUUCAGGGUGUUAAUGUACAGACACAUUAGCCUAUUUUGCUGCAUAAUUAUUUACUGUUUUUUUUUUCUGUACACUUUACAGCUUUGCUUCCUUGUUUGUGAACAAAUUAGUAAUUAGAAAACUUGGAAUAUGUAAUUCAUCAUAAUUUAAAUAAACACUGUAAAAAUGCUAUUUGUAAAAUUAUUUGUAAGUCAUUAUUUGAAAAAUAACAAGCAGUAUAAUAUACCAUACAACGUACCUGUAAUAUCAUUUAUUGAUACAUAACAAGGGUACUGAUUGUUGUUUUAACGAAAGGCUUAAAAGGCUUACAUGUGAGUACAUCAGACUGAAUUUUGAA